GAGGCCUCAGCUGCUCCUUGGCUGGGCAACUGCUUGGCAAGGUGAGCCUCUCCCUGCCUAUAAAUGCAGGAGCAGCUCCUUCCCCUCCCAGAGACCUCAGACAACACCACAGGCAGGAUGGUGACCUCCAGGCUGGUGCUGUCCCUGCUGGCUGCAGCUCUCCUGCUGCGGGUGGGCACCACGCUGAGGAUCUGUGCCUUCAACAUCCAGGCCUUUGGGGACAGCAAGAUGUCCAACCAGACCAUCGCAGGCAUCAUUGGCUCUAUCCUGUCGGGGUACGACAUCUCUCUGGUGCAGGAGGUGCGGGAUGCUGACCUGAGUGCUGUCAGGAAGCUGAUGGAGCAGCUCAACAGUGCAUCCCCACACCCAUACAGGUUUUUGAGCAGCAUCCCCCUGGGUCGGACCACCUACAAGGAGCAGUAUGUCUUCAUCUACAGGUCAGACCUGGUGUCUGUGCUGGGGAGCUAUUACUAUGAUGAUGGCUGUGAGUCCUGUGGGAAUGACACCUUCAGCAGGGAGCCCUUCAUUGUGAAGUUCUCCUCACCCACCACACAGGUGGAAGAGCUGGUGUUGGUUCCCCUGCACUCUGAGCCCAGCAAAGCAGCAGAGGAGAUCGAUGCACUCUACGACGUCUACAUGGACGUCACCAGCAAGUGGGCAACGAAGAACAUCCUCCUCCUGGGUGACUUCAACGCUGGCUGCUCCUACGUGACGGCGGCACAGUGGCCGUCCAUCCGCCUGCGCUCCCUGCCUGCCUGCCGCUGGCUCAUCCCCGACAGCGCCGACACCACCGUGGCCACCACCACACACUGCCCCUACGACCGCAGCAUCGUCGCCUGCGGCUCAGCGCUGCUCAGGGACAUCGAGCCGGGCUCUGCUGCUGCCUAUGACUUCCAGAAGGCUUUUCAUCUCCAGAGCAAGGAUGCUUUGGCUGUCAGUGACCAUUUCCCAGUGGAAGUGACCCUGAGAGGCCACUGAGCCCAUCCCCGUGCCUCUGGCUGCCAGCACACCCCAGCACAUGCCCGUGACCCUCGUGGGAACCCACGUGCCAGCAGUGCCAAACAAGUGGCCCCACCAGCACUGCCAGGAGCUGCUCUUCGGGGGUCUUACAGAAGUGGGAUGCUCUUCAC